AACUUUUCAGUGCAGGUUCCGCUGCAUGUGCUGACACCAAGGUGCUCGGAGGACCCAACACUGAGAACUGUUUUUAUAAUUAACAUUAUCGUGGACUGUUGUUGCUCUCGUGGAAAGGCUGCUCUCUCUCUCUCUCUCUCCCUCUCUCUCUGUUUUUCUCUUCCCGGCUUUCUCAAUAUCAUCGAUAAACUCAGUGCUUCGCGUCUAUUCAAGACCGAUCCUUGUUAGAUAUUUGCUUCAUCAAACUGCGGCUUUGGCAACUGAGCAUUUAAUCAGUCUUCUGGCAGAUUAUUUGGAGAGACGAAAAGCAAAAAAAAAUGGUCAUGGAGGCAUCCCCCUCGCCGCAAAGUGUCGGUCGUGAGUUUGUCCGACAAUAUUAUACUUUGCUUAAUCAAGCUCCGGCACAUCUUCAUAGGUUCUACAAUCAACAUUCUUCUUUUGUACAUGGAGGGUUAGAUUCUAAUAGAGAAUCGACCCCUGCUAUCGGUCAAAAACAGAUACAUCAAAAAAUUCAACAAUUGAACUUUCGUGAUUGCCAUGCGAAGAUAAGUCAAGUUGAUUCACAACUGACUCUUGAAAAUGGAGUUGUUGUGCAGGUAUCCGGCGAACUAUCCAAUGCUGGACAACCGAUGCGCCGCUUCACUCAGACUUUUGUAUUGGCCAUUCAAGCACCAAAAAAGUAUUACGUACACAAUGACAUCUUCCGUUAUCAGGAUUUGAUCUUUCCCGAUGAAGAAGAAACGGAUGUGAGUGGAAUGGAAGGAGGUAUGAACGAGACCACUGAAAGGGACGCGGAAGAAGGAGGUCCAUCUGAACCAGACGAAGAUGAACAUCAAACUCAAGGACAGCCGCUUACAGGGUCUGCACCAGCUGCCGAACCACAAAGUCAACCUACUAUCAUUCCUACUCAACAACCACAACUUCAACAACAACAGAUUUAUUACGCACAACCACCGCAGCCACUGGUGCAUCCUGUGAUGCAACAAGUGCUGAACGGAUCUGUUCAUGAAGAAACCACUUUGAUAAAUCAACAACAGCCUCAGCCUCAACAGCAACAACAGCAACAGCCUCCACCGCCACCUCCUGUACAACAGCAACAACAACAUCAAUACGUUGCCGAAACAGCAGCACAAACUCAAUUCGUUCAAGAAGCAGAAACAGAUACUGCGGCGGAACAGCAAACGUCGGCGGAGGAAGAACCGCAAGUACAGUCGGAAGAAACUCAAGAACAAACAGACACUGAAACAUUUCCACCAUCUGCGCAAGAAUCUGAACCUGAGCAUCAAGUGUCUAACACGAAUGUUAGCAGUAGCGGGCCUAAAACUUACGCUAAUUUGGUAAAAUCUUUUCCAAGUUCCACCGCUACUCCUAGCCCUCAAGUUCCGAAGAUAUCUAUGUCCCCUCCACCAAUGACGAAUUUAAGGUUAGACGAUAGAUCACCGUUACAUCCUACAGGUAGCGGAGCUACGUUAUCAGGAAUGAACGUGGCCACGUCUCAACCACAAACACAUAGGACAAAUAGUAAUCAACAACCUCAACAACAACCUCAGCAUCAACAGCAAAGAGCUUCGAGAGGUGGUCUUGUACAACGAGAUGGAGAAAGACGUGGAGGAGCAAGACCAUGUCAAUACAGUGACGCUCAUCAACUAUUCCUUGGAAAUUUGCCACACAAUGCGUCAGAGCAUGAUUUACGUCAAUUAUUUGAACGGUAUGGCAGAGUGGCGGAUUUACGUGUACACAGUAAAUCUAGUGACAGAUGCAAAGGUCCAUUGGGUAGUAACAACGCGACGAAAGUACCAAAUUAUGGAUUCAUUACAUUUGAGGAUCAAUUAGUUGUUACGAAAGUAUUAAACUCUUUGCCUAUAUUUUAUCCGGAUGAGCAUGGACAAAAAUUGAACGUGGAAGAAAAGAAAACUAAGCCUAGGAUGUCAAUGGAUGGUAGUGGAGGAAGGUUGAAUUCUGGUGACGGUAAUAUGCGACCGAUGGGAGGACAACAGCAGCAGCAGCAACAACAGCAACGUGGACCAGGUGGACCAGGAGGAGUGAUGAGGGGUGGUCAACAUGGAGCAAGAGGUGGUCGCGGAGGCUUUUCAAGAGGAGGAGAUGGUGGUAGGGGAGGUGGUGGAAUGAGACAACCUGGUAAUCCAAGUAACGCCAGUUAUCAAAAUCGUCGCUAAUAUAGAAGUGACGGUUAAAAAGUCAUCUCCCAUUCCCUUCUUUAUUGAAUAUAAGUCUCACCGGUACAUUAUACCAUCCUCUCAUUCCCAAAACACACACAGAACCCAGGACUAGUUCGUACGCUACUCGACAUCGAUAAAGAUGUCGCCCUUGUACGCUUAUAUCUGCUUGCAACGUUCGUCAAGCAGUUAAACUAUUAAACCAGAUGUCGGCUCAAUCAGUACGAAAUAUAAACUCGAACUCGAUAAUGAUAAGAGAUACACGAUAUUAUGAUAUGGCUUAUACGCGAUCUCAUUAAGCCAAUAUAAUAUUUUCUUUAUCUAAUGUCAUGAUUUAAAAAGAGAAUAAUUGCUUUUAUUCUUCUUUUCAUGGUCACCCAAGUCGAUGUAAUCGAUUCGAGUUUGUUCUUCACACGUUAGCCGACCAGGAAUUUUAAAGACUUUACAAUGAAAACUUAAUAAACGAAAUAAUAUUAACAAAAAUAAAAAAGAAACACACACACACACACAUGUUAUAUGUACAUGUAUAACGGAGUGACACGUAACCAUCUGUCUAUAAAUCCUGGACAACGUCUUUCAACAAUAACAACUAUUACUACUACUACCACUACCACACCACCACCAUCAUCACCACCACCACCACCACCACCACUACUACUACUGCUACUACUACUAUUACUACUCUUACUACACUAUUACUACUUCUACUACUACUACAGCAGCAGCAGCAACAAUAACAACGUACACAGGGUACGAUGUUUCUUUUUAAACAUCAAUGUCAGACAAAAAGCAAGAUCAUUUUGAAAAGAAAAGAAAGAAAAGAAGAUGUACAUUGUUUUGGAAUUAUCAUUAGGUGUAUUAAUUAUAAGGAGAGAGUUAUAAUAUAGUGUGACGUGGAUCUAAUUUGUUUCUUUAUUUUCUUUUAUUUUCAUAUUAUUCUUUCUCUCUCUCGCUCUCUUUCUCUCUCUCUCUCUCUCUCUCUCUCUCUCUCUUUCUCUCUCUCUCUCUCUCUCUCUUAAAAACACGUCACACAUACAUAACUCUCUUUCUCUUAAUUAUCUUCACCUUUCCACGAGCCAAAUUAAUCCUGCGAUCUAAGUGAGAAAUAGAGAGAGGGAGAGAAAAAAAAGAAAAAAGUAAUUAUUAAAUAACAUAGCGGGUACUCUCGCAAUAUUAUUAUUAUUAAUUCGUUAACUGCCGAUAGUAAGAUACCUGUUCCACCCUUUUAAGCGCAAAAAAUAUCGACGACGAGAUUUGUUUAUAGAUUAUCGAUUUGGUCGAACUGUUGUUAAUAACGAGUAGAGAACUGCGACUGUUCUGUGGUCGUAUAAAAAAAAAAAAAAAAGAAAAAAAAAACGAAAAAGACAUUGUCAAAUUUCCUUUUUCUAUAAUUAUCAACAAGUAUUUAUAAAACACAUACGUAUAUAUAUAUACAUACAUACAUACAUAUAACAUUAUAUACAUGAUCAAUCGACCGGUAUCGAUUGAUGAUGAUGAUGAUGAUGAUGAUAAUACAUAAAAUAUUUCUUAAACUGCAGCUGGUCUCGCCAUUUCUCUCGCCAUUCAUCUUCUCACGCAAUAGAAAAAUUUUUUUUUUCUUUUUUCUUUAACUUCCUCCUUAUUUUUUGUGUAAAACACACCGUGUAUCCUUAAUCAUUGUUCUUAAAUAUAUAUAUAUUUUUUCUUUUUUUUUUCUUUGGUCUUUCUUUUCUGUCUUUGUUCUCCUUUUACACAUCUUACCUAUUAUUUAGUUGGAAAAAAUUAACGUAGUAGAGUUAACAAAAAUUGUACCUGUACUUCCAAAUCAUAUUUACCUUUGCGGAUCAUAUCCCGUAUCAGUUGUUUCGAAUGAAUGAAUGAAUGUAUUAAAAAUUAAUUGUCAUUGUCAUUGUUGAGAAAAAUCAAUAUAUAUGAUUGUCUCUGGUGAUCGCAGAACUCGCAGUGCGCUGCUUCAAAUAAUAAUAUUAAUAAUUAAAAAAAAAAAAAACAAAAUUAUAUAAAGAA